UGCAUUUGGGCCGAACCAAAAUCAAACCACACCCGAGUGGAAGUGGCGCCGCCCACCAGGGUUUCCUCCUCCGUCUCUCCGCGCCGCCGCCACCGCUCCCGCGCCUGAGCGCAGCCAUGUCGUCCAUUGCUUCUCUCAUCGCCUCCAGGUCCAGCUUCGCCAGGUGCGGCCACGCUCUCCCCGCUGCCAUCUCUCAGGCCCGGCACGCCGCGUCUCCGCUGCUCUCGGCGUUCGGAUCAGCGGCUCGCGCUUUCAGCUCAAGGCCUCUAUGGAAGGGAGCGUUCGUCGACGCGUUCCUGCAGAGAAUAAAGAAUAGCGGGGGGAGCCUGAACGGCAGGAAGAUCUGGUCUCGCAGGUCUUCGAUCCUGCCGGAGUUCGUCGGCUCCUCCGCGCUCGUCUACAACGGCAAGACCCACGUCCGUUGCAGGGUCACCGAAGGGAAGGUCGGCCAUAAGUUCGGGGAGUUUGCUUUUACGCGGAAACGGAGGCCCCAUCGCGCGAUUACGGCGAAGAAGGCCGGCGGUCAAGGAAAGGGGAGGAAGUAAGAAGGGCGAAAGGUGGGUUUAAGGAUGGUGGGAUGAGGGCGUGGUUGAAGCACAAGCACUUGAAUCACCUUAAUUUUCUGGACUGCAUUUUCUUAGAAGAAUAAUUAUAGCAGAUCUUACUUUGGACUCUGUUUACUCUGUUAGUGGUUCCAGCAUAACUUUCGAGUACAUCUUCUAUUCACUGAAGCCAUUGCUCUUAUAUUUUUUUGGCCUUACUGAGGUCUGAUGCCAAGUGUCUUUACACCUGGUUCUGUGAGUGAUGAUUGUAAGUUUUGCUUCAAAGGUUGUUUUCAGCCAAAUAGUGAUGUGUAUCUUGCUACA